AUGCAAUCCUUUACCUUGCUGAUAGCCGUGUUGGCUACGGUAUCGCCUGCCUCAGCUCAGCUUAACACACUGGCCAAAGCCGCCGGUCUUUUAUAUUUCGGAACGGCGGUCGAUAAUCCAGGCCUUAAUAACCAGCAGUACAUGUCCAUAGCUAGGGACACCAAGGAAUUCGGUCAAGUAACUCCCGCGAACGGCCAGAAAUGGGAUUCCACAGAACGAAGCCAGGGCCAGUUUAGCUACGGAAAUGGUGACGCAGUGACUACAGUCGCCAGGCAAGCUGGACAACUUCUCAGGUGUCACACGCUUGUUUGGCAUAGCCAGCUUCCUAGCUGGGUGAGCAACGGCUUCUCCCGGGAUCAAAUGGAAAGUGUCAUCCGCACUCACAUCCAGAAUGUCGGUGGCCACUACAAGGGCCAGUGCUACGCCUGGGAUGUGGUGAAUGAAGCACUUGAAGACAACGGCCAAUACCGCCAAAGCCCCAUGUACCGUGCUAUGGGUGCGGACUUCAUCCCUUUUUCCUUCAAGGUCGCCGCCGAGGUCGACCCCAGUGCCAAGCUUUACUACAACGAUUACAACAUUGAGCACCCCGGUGCUAAGGCCACUGCCGCGCUCGAGAUUGUCAAGAACAUCAAAGCGCAGGGCGCUCGCAUCGACGGAGUCGGAGGCCAGGGCCAUUGGAUCGUGGGGCAAACACCAAGCAAGCAAGACCUUAUGAGUGUGCUUGCAUCGUAUGCGGCUCUCGUUGACGAGGUGGCGUAUACCGAGAUUGAUAUCCGCCACUCCAGUGUCCCUGCAAGCCAGUCUGCCAGGGAACAGCAGGCCAAGGAUUACGUUUCCGUCGUUGAUGCGUGCUUACAAACGCCGAAGUGUAUUGGUAUCACAAUCUGGGACUUUGCAGACCAGUAUAGUUGGGUUCCAUCAACCUUUAACGGCCAAGGAGAGGCGUGCCUUUGGGACAACAACCUCAACAAGAAGCCUGCCUAUACCAGCCUCGUGAACCAUUUCCAAAGCGUUGCGUCGCAGAGGGACCUGCCACUACCAGCACUAGCACCACGAGCACCACAAGCUCGUCUACGCGUAAGUACUGCAGGGCUCGCGUCCUCACCCCACCCCAAAACAUGCGCCGAGCAGCGUCUAAUCUCUCUCCAUGGAUCUUUAGCAGCCCAAACUACCACUGUUGUGCAGACAUCAACCGUCACACUCACGCAAGUCUCUACGGCGACGGCUACAGUUACAGCAAUCACCACAUCGGUACCGGAGCCGGAAACGGUGGUUACAACAUCUGUGUUGACCAUUGUGACGACCGUCUCCGACUGCAGCUCUGGGCCGGCCACUUCUGCGUCGGAAUCCGCGCUAGAGUCGCCAAGUCACGAGGCGUCAGAGGAGCUCCAGACCACUACGGUAGCGGCGGAACCAACGCAAGCCACUCCCACUCCCGCUCCCGAGACCCGCACCGUCACGGAGGAUGUGACAGAGACGGUUACGGCCACAUCCGUUUCCACUAUCAGGUCUACCAUCACUUCAUUUACGGACCCCCGCGCCAACAGCUGCACCCGUAUCGCUGUAUGGCCAAUGCGGUGGCACCAGCUGGACGGGAUAUACUGUGUGCGCCUCAGGGGCUACGUGCCAAGCGCUUAA